AUGAACACUCUCACCAACAGACUACUCACCAAACCAACAAUAGCCAAACCAACAACAACCACCAACAACAACACCACCACCACUACUACUACUACUAUCACAGAUGAACAACAACAGAAGAAGAACUCAACAAAAACAAAAACAAAAACAAACAACCAAAUCAAACUACUCACAACCACCAAACAACAAGAUAUGAUCUACUACCUCAAAUCAAAACCAUCAAAACCAAUGCUAACAACAACAACCAAACAACAAGAACAACAACAACAAGAACAGCAAAAACAACAGGAACAACAACAAGAACAACAACAAGAACAACAACAACAAGAACCAACUUCACCAUCAUCAGCAUCAUCCGCAUCCUGGUGGAGCUGGCUACCGAUCCAAGCACCUGACGAUCGAAGUAGCAACUCAGAAACCAACUCAAACUCAAACCAACAAGACUCAACCAAUAAUAAUAAUUAUGUCACCCAACUCGGUACCUGGGCUUACUCCUGGAUUAACAACCCACCAGCAACACAGAUCGAUCAACACCAACAAGCAACCGAAUCAGAGACGGUCAACAACACCAUCGACUCAUUAAUACCUAAUCCAAUAAGCCAAUCCAUCCCAGUCAACAGCAAGGGUUGGACCAACUACUUCUUCUCCUCACGAAGACCAUUGCCGACCCAUAAACUCAGAGAAGAUGACAAUAAGAGCAUCGAAUCAAUGUCCAUCCAACUCAGCUCAUCCUCUCAAUCUGAUCAUCAAAAACACACUCAACCAACACCUUCAUCAUCGUCAAAGGUCCAACUCAGUCAACAAGCAACCAUCGAACCAUUGACAGAUUCCAAUCCAACAACACGAACCAGAACGACUAGUCUCAAGGGCCAGAAAAAGAAGGCCGUAGGAUUGAUGAUCCCAAACUUAGUCCUGCCUAGCUUCGAAGAUACCUUUCACCAUCCACCGCGCUCCUUCCUACCCAAGCCAUCCAAGCUACAGCAGACCUUCGAGCUAGUCCAAGCCUUGAUCUUCUCAGCCCCGCCGGAGUUCCCACAGACAAUCGCCGCAGAUGAGCUGCCCAGUCGACGGGAGAGCUCCCGGAAACGACGCCAGGCCGCCGACAUCCUCCACCACAACCAACACAUCAGCACCCGCCUGCCCAAGGCACUCGACCUGCUCCGGGUCGACCGGGUCGCCAGACUGCGCAAGCUCAGGAGGGUUGCCGUCAUCGGCAUCCACGGCUGGUUCCCCGGACCCUGGCUCGAAUCCGUCCUCGGCAAACCCACCGGCACAUCGACCAAGUUCGCAAGCAUGAUGGACGACGCCCUCCGCAAAUAUCUACAAGAAAAUCUACCUGAUCAUGCGGACGGUCUGAUCAACCCUGACUUCACAACGAUGAUCCCUUUAGAGGGGGACGGGAAAGUAGACGACCGAGUCCAGCUCCUCUUCAAGGAACUCAACAAACGGCCCCAUUGGAUCCAGGCCAUCCAAUCCGCAGACGCCAUCUUCGUCGUCAGCCAUUCUCAGGGCUGUCUGGUCAGCUGCAAAUUGAUCGAGAAACUCAUCAAUACCUUUGCUCUCCCCGGCGAUCGCUUCCUGUCUCUUGCUAUGUGCGGCAUCUGGAACGGUCCUUAUGUCGGCUUGAAUAAUAAUUACGCGCUUCAACCUGUCCUCAAAUUCUUUGAAGGUCCAGCUGCUCAUGAGCUCUUCGAAUUCCAAGACCCUCAUAGUCCGGCAUCCAAGGCGGUAUUAAAGAGUUUGAAAAACUGUUUGAAUUCAGGAGUGAAAUACCUGAUGAUCGGGUCGAUGAACGACCAAGUCGUGCCGCUAUACUCCUCGCUGAACCAUCCGAUCGACCACCCCUCGAUCCUCCGGGGACUCUUCAUCGACAAGGCCGUCUUCUACUCCACCGACUUCCUUACCAACCUCGUCGUCUUCUGUCUCCGGCUCAGAAACGCCGGCUUCUCUGACCAUGGCCUCAUCUUCCUCCUCAGCGACUAUCUCAUCGGGAGCUUGAAUGGCGUCGGCCAUUCGACUCUUUACGAAGAUCCUAACGUCUUCUCUCUAGCCGUCCGAUAUUUUUUCGAGAGUUCUUCUCCACUCGAGCCACCCACGAACAUCAAGACCGGCGGCUCACCAACCAGUCCACGCUUCUCGAAUGAGGAUGAGCGAGGGAAUGAUCAGAGGCCCGUCUUGCCGCCUGAAUUGAUGACCAUCGAUCAGAGUCUGAACCCGAAAGACAAGCCCAAUCCGUUCCUGCUCACCUGGAGCUUACGUGGGUUGAUCGAAGACCAUCGGAUCAAGCUGAUGUUUGGCGCCGAACUGGGCUUCCUGAAAGCCUCCUUCCUCCAUUGGAAUCCUUCCGCCGUCCCGCCACCUCCUCCAUCCCUAACCGUCUCUAAUAGCCCUAGUGCUACUACUGCCGCUCAACCUUCUUCUUCUACUACUGCAAAUUCGCCGGCCCCUCCUUAUCCUCAAUCGGCUCAUUCUAACUCGAAAAUCUUGAAAGACUUGAAGAUCAAAUUGGAUCCUUUUAAGGAAGUCCAAUUAGAUUGAACGAUCGUUCUGAUGAGAUGGAUGUUCGGCAGCUUGCUCAUCAUCAUUAUCAUAACAAUUCUCCAGCUUCUUCGCUUCAUCGGCUGUUCACAAGUCCUUUCAAAUUGCCCGCAUCGGCUAAAUUGUAACCCUUGUUUUUGGUUUGUUUUAUUACUAUUAGAUUCCUACUCUUUAAGAACUUGUCAGGUUCUUUUUUGAAGGGUCUCGUAUUACCUUGUAUUGUAUUACUUGUUUCUCGCUUCCAAAAAUAAAUCCCUUGUUUGUUAUAGUUUUUGAAUGUAUAAAACAUUCAUACUUCCUUAUAUAUAUUUCUAUUUCAUUAUACUAGUCUUUCUUCCUCAUUCAAGUUGGGGUAGUUGUAUUUUUUUUUUUUACUUUUUUAUAUACUUUUGUGAAGAGAACUACAUAAAGAAUCCAAGAAAGGUUGAAAUAUGUGUAACUUCUAAACUGUGAGUGAUAGAGGGGUAGGUGUAGUCAGUGGACAGGGGUUAGUUUACCUGAGGAAUCCAUUUUUGAUGUUGUUUUUACCAUA